CGAUAAUAAUAAUCAAUAUAAACAAUCAUCUAAUUGUUUAAUUGAUAAUAAUAAUAAUUAUUAUAAUAAAAUGGUCGAUAUGAUGCAUCAAGGCCCAUAUAUGAUGAAUAAUAAUACUUCACCACAAAUGAUGGGUGGUCCACAACCAGAUGGUUAUAUGGAACAAGAAGAAGAAUGGGAACGUGAAGGAUUAUUAGAUCCAGCAUGGGAAAAACAACAAAGAAAGACAUUCACAGCAUGGUGUAAUUCACAUCUAAGCAAAGCUGGAACACAGAUCGAGAAUAUUGAAGAAGAUUUUCGUAAUGGUUUAAAAUUAAUGUUAUUAUUGGAAGUGAUUUCGGGUGAAACACUUCCGAAACCUGAUCGUGGAAAAAUGCGUUUCCACAAAAUUGCCAAUGUGAAUAAAGCAUUGGAUUUUAUUGCCAGUAAAGGUGUCAAAUUGGUUUCGAUCGGUGCCGAAGAAAUUGUCGAUGGUAAUACUAAAAUGACAUUAGGUCUUAUUUGGACCAUUAUUCUACGAUUUGCCAUUCAAGAUAUUUCUGUUGAAGGUUUGAUUUUUGAUUUUUUUUGUUUGUUUGUUUAUGAAUUUGAAAAAAUUGAUGUUUAUUUUUUUAAAAUAGAAAUGACCGCCAAAGAAGGUUUACUAUUAUGGUGCCAAAGAAAAACUGCCCCUUAUCGUAAUGUAAAUGUACAGAAUUUCCAUCUAAGCUGGAAAGAUGGUCUUGCUUUCUGUGCAUUGAUUCAUCGUCAUCGUCCAGAUUUGAUUGAUUACUCUAAAUUGUCAAAAGACAAUCCAUUAGAAAAUUUGAACACAGCUUUCGAUGUUGCCGAAAAACAUUUGGGCAUACCACGAAUGUUGGAUGCGGAAGAAAUGGUCAACAUGGUUAAGCCUGAUGAACGUGCAGUGAUGACAUACGUUUCAUGUUAUUAUCACGCCUUGAAAGGUGCCCAAAAGGUAAACGUUGAGCCAACAAAUGAAGCGAAAAAAAAUUUUGGAAUUGGUGGGGGUGUGCCCGUUGUACCCAACACCAUUAUCGACAACAAUAUUGUUUCCCCUUAUGGAACUGCAUCAUCAGUUCCAUACAACAACAAGAUGGCUGAAACUGCUUCCAAUCGUAUUUGUAAAGUUCUUCGUGUCAAUCAGGACAAUGAACGUAUGAUGGAAGAAUAUGAACGUCUUGCUAGCGAUCUAUUGGAUUGGAUUCGACGUACAACUCCAUGGUUGGAGAAUAAAACCACUGAUAAUAAAUUGAGUACAGCUCAGAAAAAAUUAGAAGAAUUCCGUGCCUAUCGUCGUAUGCAUAAACCACCACGUGUUGAACAAAAAGGCAAAUUGGAGACAUUAUUCAAUACAUUACAAACGAAAUUACGCCUUUCAAAUCGACCGGCAUAUAUGCCAUCGGAAGGUAAAACUGUACGAGAUAUCAAUAAUGCUUGGAAAGGGUUGGAACAUGCUGAAAAAGGAUUUGAAGAAUGGCUUCUUUCAGAAAUGAUGCGCUUAGAACGUUUGGAUCAUUUGGCUCAAAAAUUCAAACAUAAGGCCGACACUCAUGAAGGAUGGACACAAGGCAAAGAAGCUAUGUUGCAAAGUCAAGAUUUCCGUAAUUGUCGUCUUUAUGAGGUGAAAGCUCUCAAAAAGAAACAUGAAGCUUUUGAAAGCGAUCUUAGUGCUCAUCAAGAUCGUGUUGAACAGAUUGCUGCCAUUGCUCAAGAAUUAUACUCGCUUAAUUAUCAUGAUUCGGCUUCGGUAAAUGCACGUUGUCAACGUAUCUGCGAUCAAUGGGAUAGAUUUGGUACAUUGACACAAAAACGACGACAAGCUUUAGAAGAAGCGGAACGUGUUUUGGAAAAGAUUGAUCAACUUCAUUUGGAAUUUGCUAAACGUGCUGCACCAUUCAACAAUUGGUUGGAUGGAGCUCGAGAAGAUUUGGUCGAUAUGUUUAUCGUACAUACGAUUGAAGAAAUUCAGGGAUUGAUAGAAGCACACGAACAAUUCAAACGAACCUUGGGUGAAGCAGAUCAAGAAUAUAAUUCAAUAAUUAAAUUAGCACAGGAAAUUCAAAGCUUUGCCACUCAAUAUCAGAUUCCUGGUGGUGUUGAAAAUCCCUACACUGUUUUGCAUCCAUCUGAAGUUACUGCUAAAUGGAAUGAUGUUAGACAAUUAGUGCCAAAACGAGAUCAAACUCUACAAUCAGAAUUGAUUCGACAACAACGUAACGAAGGUUUGCGUAGGAAAUUUGCCGAAAAAGCCAAUGGUGUUGGUCCAUGGAUUGAACGACAUAUUGAUGCUGUUGCUGCCAUAGGAAUGGGAAUGCAAGGCUCAUUGGAAGAUCAAUUGAUGAAAUUGCGUCAAUAUGAAGAAGCUGUUAACAUGUACAAAGUUCAUAUGGAAGAAUUGGAAAAGAUCCAUCAAGAAGUACAAGAAAAUAUGAUUUUCGAAAAUCGAUAUACACAAUAUACAAUGGAGACUUUACGUGUCGGAUGGGAGCAGUUGUUGACAUCGAUCCAACGAAAUAUCAAUGAAGUUGAAAAUCAGAUUUUAACGCGUGAUUCGAAAGGAAUUACACAGGAACAGCUUAAUGAAUUCCGUGGAUCAUUCAAUCAUUUUGACAAAACUCGUAUUGGUCGUUUGAAUCCUGAUGAAUUCAAAUCAUGCCUUAUUUCUGUUGGUUAUAACAUCAGGAAUGAUCGUCAAGGUGAAAAUGAUUUCAGACGAAUCAUAAGCCGCGUUGAUCCAAACAAUACUGGCUAUGUUACUUUCGAUGCUUUCCUUGAUUUUAUGACUCGCGAAAGCACCGAUUCAGAUACGGCUGAACAAAUCAUUGAUUCAUUUAGAAUUUUGGCCAGUGAUAAGCCUUAUAUUACGGCUGAAGACCUCAGAAGAGAAUUGCCUCCAGAUCAAGCUGAAUAUUGUAUCCAACGUAUGGCACCAUACAAAGGACCCGGAACUAUUCCUGGAGCAUUAGAUUAUCGUUCAUUCUCCACCGCAUUGUAUGGUGAAUCUGAUCUUUAAAACAACAAAUGGCCACAAUUCUAUAAAUCUUUUUUUCUCUUCUCUGAACUUUUGGUCUUAUGACAAUCAUUAAUAUUGUUCGUUUUGGAAAAAAAGACCUCCCCUUGAUGUUGAUUUAUUCUUUAUAUUCUUAUUAUUCUUAUCAAACACGAUUAACUAGUCAAAACACACCCAUAUAUUUACAUUCAAACAUCCACACAUAUAUACAUCUACCCACCACCAAUUUUGUUGUUGGAAUAUACACACAAUCGCACACAGUCAAACAGAGAAAUACAUUUAUUUAAUAAUUAACUUGUGAAUGAGAAAACAAUCCAUAUGGGCAUUAUUAUCUUUACUAAUAAUUUUUGGCUAAUUUGGUGAAAAAUCGUUUAAAUUUAUAAAAUUAAACAUUAAAAAAAUGAAA